AUGUCUACUUUGAUUGCUACUAAGAAGCGUCUUCUCUCAACUCACGUCAAUAAACUCGAGCAUUUACUUACUAAGCUAAAAGAAGCGAAUCUCGAGGAUACUCCACUGGAUCCCACCUUGUCGCGCGAUGUUAACCUGGCGCAUAUUAAUGAAUUGGAAGAGGGUAUCAGCGUCACUGAACUUUCAAUAUCGAAAGUAGAAAAGGCUCUGAGUGACUUAGCCUCACUAUUUGACAGCCCUAAUCUUUCCGGUGUGGAACCUGGCGAUUUUGAGGAGUACAUCCACAUCAUGGCUGAGGGGAAUGCCUACCUCGCCGACUUCAACUUCAUCUCCUCCUUAUACAAGGAAUCCGUUUCGGCUGACGAUUUAGAAAAGGACAUGAAGACAACUUUGCAAGAAAUAGAACAGCACAUCAAGAUGGCUCGGAACGGCAGGAGAGCUCCUGAUAUACAUCAGCCGAAUGCUAAGAACGGCCACAUUUGCAAAAGAAAAAAUCCUAAGCUUCACUCAACGGUUCAUGUUGUUCGAUUCAAUAUUCCGCAUGUCGGCGUACACCGGCAAAGGUUACCGGAAAAACGGUUAACUGAGUGGGGCGAAGAUAAAACACAUGAUGUGAAACAGCUGAAAGCUAAGGUAGAGUACCAGCUGCGGAUGCUUGAUCGUCAUAUAUCCGAUAUCGAGGAAGAGUUCACUCGAGCGGAAAAAAGGAUCCUUAACGAGAAGGUGGAGUUUUGUCAACGCGUUCAAUAG